UAGCUCCAUAUCCACAUUUGAUUUAGAAGGAAUAAAUUUCUUCGCAGUGCUUGACUGCUUGUCCAUUGGACCAUGACUUUGUACAUCUACUCUAUAUGAAUAUGAGAAUAUCCUCAUCUUUCAAAAUAUGUGCAUUUCACUUUCUCCAUAUCUCUUAUCUCAAACCCAGAACUAGCAUCAUUCACCCAUCACCAUAAACACAAGAUGUGCACCGUAGAAAAACGAGGCAACAUCUUCAUCCUAACCCUAACCAGCACCAAAGAAAACGAUGAACACCGUCUAAAUCCAACCCUAAUCACCUCAAUUCGUUCCGCCAUUAACAACAUCAAAUCUCAAUCUCUCUCCUCACCAAACUCCUCCUACGCACUAAUCACCACCGCCACUGGAAAAUUCUUCUCCAAUGGCCUCGAUCUCCGAUGGGCUCAAUCCUCGGGAGAUUUCGUCAAAAAUCUCCAUCACAUGGUGGAAUCAUUCAAGCCAUUAGUCGCCGAUUUUCUCUCUCUUCCGAUGCCGACGAUUGCAGCACUCAACGGCCACGCAGCUGCCGCAGGAUUUGCGCUCGCACUUUCGCACGAUUAUUUGUUGAUGAGAAAAGAUAGAGGUGUUUUGUAUAUGAGUGAGGUUGAUAUUGGAAUGACUUUACCAGAGUAUUUUAACCUUCUUUUUAGGGAGAAAGCUGGGUGGAAAGCUAGGAGAGAGAUAUUGAUGAGAGGGAGGAAAUUGAAGGGAGAAGAAGGAAUGAAAUUGGGUGUUGUUGAUGAGAUUUUUGAAAGUGGAGAGGAAGUUUUUGAAAGAGGUGUGAAGUUAGGGGAAGAGUUUGUAAAGAGGAAUUGGAAUGGUGAGGUUUAUGCUGAAAUUAGGAAAGGGUUGUAUCCUGAAUUGUGUCAAGAGUUGGGGUUGGGUAGGAAAAGUUUGGUUGUUCCUAGGCUUUGAUUUUGUGCAAUUUAGUAUAUAUGCAAAAAAUAAUGUGGAUCGAACGUACGCAAAAAAAUAGCAUUGGAUGUACGAUAUAUAUGCUUGGUUGAUUCUA